CGCCGGAAGUGUCUUCUGGAUAGUAAAUAAGUCUCGAAAGGCAGAGAAGGCGCUGUCUCCAUCUUGUUGGCAUCUCCUUCUCUGGCGACGUUGUGAAGAUGGGGGGCGUCCUGGGGCUCUGCUCUAUGGCGAGCUGGAUACCUUGUUUGUGUGGUAGUGCACCAUGUUUGCUGUGCCGAUGCUGUCCUAGUGGAAACAACUCCACCGUAACUAGAUUGAUCUAUGCACUUUUCUUGCUAGUUGGAGUGUGUGUGGCUUGUGUAAUGUUAAUACCAGGAAUGGAAGAACAACUGAAUAAGAUUCCUGGAUUUUGUGAGAAUGAGAAAGGUGUUGUCCCUUGUAAUAUUCUGGUUGGCUAUAAAGCUGUAUACCGUUUGUGCUUUGGCUUGGCUAUGUUCUAUCUUCUCCUUUCUUUACUAAUGAUCAAAGUGAAGAGCAGCAGUGAUCCUAGAGCUGCAGUACACAAUGGAUUCUGGUUCUUUAAAUUUGCUGCAGCGAUUGCAAUUAUUAUUGGGGCAUUCUUUAUUCCAGAAGGAACUUUUACAACUGUGUGGUUUUAUGUAGGCAUGGCAGGUGCCUUUUGCUUCAUUCUUAUACAAUUAGUCUUACUUAUUGAUUUUGCCCAUUCAUGGAAUGAAUCGUGGGUUGAAAAAAUGGAAGAAGGGAAUUCAAGAUGUUGGUAUGCAGCCUUAUUAUCAGCAACAGCUCUGAAUUAUCUGCUGUCUUUAGUUGCUAUCGUCUUAUUCUUUGUGUACUACACUCAUCCAGCUGGUUGUUCAGAAAAUAAGGCAUUUAUCAGUGUCAACAUGCUCCUGUGUAUUGGUGCUUCUGUAAUGUCUAUACUGCCAAAAAUCCAGGAGUCACAACCAAGAUCUGGUUUAUUACAGUCAUCAGUAAUUACAGUCUACACAAUGUAUUUGACAUGGUCUGCUAUGACCAAUGAACCAGAAACAAAUUGCAACCCAAGUCUGUUAAGUAUAAUUGGCUUCAAUACAACAAGCAGCAUCCCAAAGGAUGGGCAGUCUGUCCAGUGGUGGCAUGCUCAAGGAAUUGUAGGACUAAUCCUCUUUUUAUUGUGUGUGUUUUAUUCAAGCAUUCGUACUUCGAACAAUAGUCAGGUUAAUAAACUGACACUCACGAGUGAUGAAUCAACAUUAAUAGAAGAUGGUGGAGCCAGAAGUGAUGGAUCACUGGAGGAUGGUGAUGAUGUUCACCGAGCCGUGGAUAAUGAAAGAGAUGGUGUCACUUACAGCUACUCCUUCUUUCACUUUAUGCUUUUCCUGGCUUCACUUUAUAUCAUGAUGACUCUUACCAACUGGUACAGGUAUGAACCCUCUCGUGAGAUGAAAAGUCAGUGGACAGCUGUCUGGGUGAAAAUCUCUUCCAGUUGGAUUGGCAUCGUGCUAUAUGUUUGGACAUUGGUGGCACCACUUGUUCUUACAAAUCGUGAUUUUGACUGAAUGGGACUUCUGGCAUGCGGGUCCCACUUUGAUCUGUGCUUAUUUGAAAUUAAUUAACAGUAUUCCCAACUUUUUCUAAAAGGUGUGUGUGUAUGUGUGUGUGCACGCAUGUGCUUCCCAUGUAACUUCCCCAGUGUUGUUCUGGCAUGAAUUAAAUUUUACUGCUUGCCAUUUUAUUUAUUAUUUUCUUGCCAAGUGCAUUGUGAGUAUGGUAGUAAGUUAGAAAAGUGGACAUCAGUAGGUUUAUUUAAUCUCUGCUUUGUACCUGUGAAAUUAAAGGUAAAAGUAAAAAAAUUGUCAGUUUGAUUUUACAGUUGUGUUAGAUCUUAAACUUUUAGAAAAUAUAAAUGUUUGGCUGCCUUUUGAAGUACAAGGGAUCUUCAAAGCAUUUAUGGAAAAUAUGUAUUAUGAAAACAUGGAUGGAUUUCAGAAUUUUUAUGUACCAAAAUAAACCUAUCUUUAAUUUCUUUUUCCAUGAACUUUUUGAGGUAUCCUUGCAUUUGGUGUGUUGCCUCAUAGAAGAUGGCAAAGAGUAUAGCUAUUUAAGUAAGUACCAGUUGUCUAAAAAAUCUUGUCAGAUUUUUCCUUUGAAAUGAAGGUAGGAACUUAAAUAGAAAGGGAAUGUUUGAUGGAAAACACUGUAGGUUAUGGACAGAGGUUGAAGCAUAGAGCCUUCAAAGAAAGAUCAUUGGUGGUUGGGUACUAAAUUAAAUACCCAGUGAGACUGUAAUCUGAGUAGAGAUGGCCUUCACUGAAAAACAUUGUUUGGGUCAUUAUAAACCUGUACAAAAGUAUGUGCUCGACACAUAUGCUAGAAAUUUUGAAAGAUUUAGAUGAGGAUUUUGUACAGGAUAAUCAUGGAUUUAGAAGGAAGUUGUUGAAAAUUAUUUUGAAAGUUGGGUUUGUUCAGGGCAAGAAGAAACUGCAAAUGUGAAGCUUUAGUAAGUACUUAGGUAAAAUCUAGUCCAGCUCUCUCAUUUUAAAGGUGAAGAAGCUGAAGUACAGGCUUAAAUAGCUAAUUUAGUGGCAAAGCUAGGGAAUUCCAAGCCUUCUAAAAAUAGCUAGCAUUCUCUGACAUUGAAAAAUAGUUUGUAUUCAAAAUACAUUCGAAUUGAUGAUUUUAAACCUUGUUAGAGGUGCAUAAUUAAGUGAUAUGGAUUGCUGGUGUCCAUGAUGCUUUUUACUCAUCGAGGUCAGGAGAAUGACAGAAAGUUGUAGAAUAAAACUCCAGUUAAUAGAUUACAUAAUUCAAAAGGUUUGCUUUUGUUUUUCCUGCCAUGAAAUUGAAAUAUAUAGAUUAUUAUACUCUUUCAACCUGAAAAUCAAGUAGUAUGACAGAAAAUCUUAGUUGUUUUAUGUGUUAUUAGUGUAUAAUGAAGCUUUUAAAAUCUACAUUUGCUUCUUUAAAAAUAUAUAACAACUCAACUUAAUUCCCCAGCCUUAUUCUGUAUAUUGAUAUUGUAUUCCACAAUUUUGAAUGGCUGUGUUCUAUCUCUAAAUAAAUGAAUUCAGAGAACGUG